AUGGUCGACCGAGGCGGGGGGGAAGGAGUGGAACGCCCUAAUCAGGGCGGGCGGGGCUGGAAUAUGCGUCGGAAGGGCGAAAACGGUGCUCGGCAGGGGACGCAGACGGAGGUGAGGACAGAUGAUCGGGGGUGCGGAAGGGGUCGGCAUCCGGGCGGCAGUCCCGGUAGACACGUGGGCGGGGGGCGAUUGGCAGGGGGAGGCCCGAUGGGAUGGACCACUCCGCCCGAGGAGGACAUGCAGCCGGAGACGGAGUGUUUUCCGGGAGAGGGGUUGAGCCCGACCUGGACCGAGGAUGGCGUAGCCCUCGCCGCGUUCUGCGACCACCGCACCUUACACAUUUGCAUCUGCAUCUGCAUCCGCACCGCACCGCACCGCACCUUCCAGUCUCCCGGCUCGCGAAGCUGUCAGGAUCUCGACUGGGUGAUCUCCCUCGAAGCAUUCGCAACACACCAGGGCAGCCCAGAGACCCGCCGCCGCAUCUUCCAUUUGCAGCUUCCCUUUCUCGUCUUCUCCAUUGUUGCUAUUUGCUUGCCCGUCAUGUCCUUCAUCCUCACUAGACCCCCGUCCCCACGCGCGGACAUGCACCACCCCCACCCAGACGAGGACUCCCUCGUCGCCGCCCUCAACUCCGCCUUUCACUCCUUCGCCCCCUCCGCCGCACAUACCCCACACCACGACCACGAUAUGCACAGGGAGAAGCAGGACCGCGGUGUCCCCUACCUCGACAUCCUCGUCGCCUCCGAUACCCUUGUCCUCCGCGGUACCGGCGUCGACGUCGACGCUGCCCUCCUCUCCGGCAACGUCGUCCUCUACCUCACGGAGCCCACAGACAUCAAGGAAAUUACUCUCCAGUUCAGGGGCAAGGCCCGCCUCCCUGUUUCCGCCUCGGAACCUUUAUCCUUGAGCUCCUCGCAGCUCACCUACCUGGUCUGCAAUCAUGAAUGGUCUUUCCUUGAGGGUACCCGCACGCAUUCGCACACUCUCAAGGCCGGCCGCCAUCUCUUCCCCUUUCAGCUCCAGAUCGGCGGUUCCCUUCCCUCAUCUAUCACCACCUCCGCCCUUGGUGGCGCCUCCGUUCAGUACAAGCUCCGCGCAACUGCUGCCCGCGGGCUCGCUCACCGUGACCUCGCCACCGUCUGUCCCGUGACCAUCCUCCGUGGUUUCGGUCCCGAGGCACUCGAGUACCAACAGACCCUCGAGAUUGAGAAUACUUGGCCCGAAAAGCUCAUGUAUAGCAUCAUGAUCCCACAUAAGGCGUGGGCCGCCGGCGAGAAGGUUACUGCGGUAGUGAAGUUCUCCCCUUUAGUGAAGGGGGCGCGCGUGCUCAAUGUUACGACGACCGUAAAUGAGACGAUCAAGCUUUACGCGCGUGGCGGUACGCAGGAAAGCACGCGUGUGAUCUCGAGUACGCGUCAUGACAUUGUCGACGGCCUCGCGGUGUGUGUCGACGAGCAACACCACCGGUAUCGCAUACCUCUCCUGCACCACUCGCACACAACCCACACAACACAUCCACCACGGCACAACGCGUCAACGCCCGCGAGUCCCGCAACCGCGAACGGGCACGCGCAUCACAGUCCUGCGAAUGGAUCGACCGGCUACUUCCCCGCCGUCACGUCACAUCCACCGUCACCCGUCCACCACGCGUCCGAAUUGGUGCCCCUCACGACUACUACGACAAAUUCCUCCCAAUCGUCUGGCGUCGGCACGCGCCCAUCCACGACAAGCUCCAAUGUUGCGCCUCAAUCACGACCAUCGACGAGCAGCAACGAGAGCUUGCCUGUCAACCCGUUCCCCCUACCACCACCUCCGUUAGAUCCAACAGAGGCUGAAAUGAUUGAGCCGUCGGUAGACGUUGUCACCACGCUCAAUAUUAGUGUGCCCAUGCAUGCGACGCCAAGUCACUCACUAGAGCCUAUUCAAGUAUCACACCGCAUCCGCUGGUCCAUCCUCAUCAGCAACUCGGACGGACACACCUCCGAGCUUCGUUGCUCGCUUCCUCUGCACGUCCUUGACAACCGUCUUUACGAUGAAGCACGGGCGGCGACGUUGCAUACACGGCGUAUCCUCCUCGGCCCGCAGGACAUCGACGGAGGCCAGGCUGUCGGCACACACGGUGAGGACCCCGAGGAAGACAACGAUCUGCCUUCGUAUCCCGCGCAUGUACGCGAUCGCGUUGCCAAUGCGUACCUCCCCGAUGCCGCCACCCUACGCGUCGUCAACCCCUGGGUCAUGCAGGGUGUCUCCCCCACGCUCCAUCCCCCGCACUCAGAGGGCUCCUCCGGCUUGCAGAGUCCCGCCACGUUCGAGACGUGGCAGAUCUCGCACACCGCUAACGGCAACAACAACAACAGCGCCGUGCCGCGGCACCACCUUCCGCACGAGCCCGCGCCCGGCGCUGCCCCCCUCGACUGGGUCAACACUGAGCUGCUGCUCAGCCUGAGCCGCGAGGCGCCUGAGAUGCCUGUCCAGGCGCCCGUUCCGCCGCCGCGUGUCACGCCCCCGAGCCGCACGCCACCCGAGUCAAUGCAGACCAGCCGCCACGGCUCGCGCUUCCCCAGUCAUCGGCCUAGUCGUGCGAAUAGCCGUUCAGGCAGUCGUGCGGGAAGCCGUGCGGGAAGUCGCGCGGGGAGCCCCGAGCGCGGAUCGCCGACGGCGGGCAUGCCGGGCGCGCGGGACGAGACCUAUGUACACAGCCACAGCACCGCGAGCCGGAACAUGCACUCGCUGUUUAGCAUCGCGAUGAAGCCGUUCACGAGUCUGGGCAGCACGUUCUCGCUUGCCUCGCGCAGCCCGAGCCAUACGAACCUGCACCAGCACGGGCACUCGAACUCCCUUCACGGCGGGUUCGCACACGGGCCCUCGAACCUGCAUUCGCAAGUGCACACCGGGGUGCACACACCUGCCUUGCCGUCCGCGAGCGCGUCGUCUGUGAACCUCGCGAGCCUCGGUACGCCGCAGCCGAUGACGAGCCCGGAGCAGCUGCACUAUGCGUUCACGGAGGUGCCGGACUACAGCAUGGCGAGCCGCGGGUUCCUUGGCGGGGGCAUCACGCCGCUGUCGAGCCUGCGCGGGCUGCCGAGCUACGAGGACGCGGCGGCGAUGCGGGGCGCGGAGCGCGGCCUCUCGCCCGGCGAGCGCAGCUUCAGCGAUACGGACCUCGCGGGCAUGUUUGCGUCUGCGCAGCGCGCGCGGCGGCAGCAGCAGCGCACGCAGACGCAUCCGUCGCGGACUACCGCCAGCACACCGCCACCGCCACCGCCACCACCGCCAGCAGCCUCUGUUGUCCAAUCAUAGCGCCGAUCUCUAGCGUUCUCGUCCGUUUUCCCUCUGACGUCUGAUAUCUCCUUGCUCUGUGACAGGUGUGCAGCAUAUACGGUUUUUUCUCUCUCCUCUCCACUCAUGACGAAAAUCGAGACGUCCUAGCUCUGCUUCCUCCUCCAUCACCGGCAUCCUUCCUGAUUGUCCCCAAUGUCCUUCUCUCAUCGAUGUAUAAGUACAGUACAGCUGCUCACGACAUAGACUCGUUCGUUCGUUGAUACGUUAGACGACUGCAUAACUUAAGCGCGACGCCAGGACCUUCAUUACUAGUAUUAUUAGCACAGGCCUCGUCCACCAUAUCCCCAUAGACACCCCCUCUCUGCGCUGUAAUGGUAUGCCGAUGCGUUUUUCGAGCUCGCAUGAUGCUCUUACACU